GACAGCGGCGACGAUAGUGGUGGUGCUGUCCGGUAGUGACGACGGCGACGACAGCAGUGGUGGUGGUAGUGGUAGUGGUGACGGUAGUGGCGGCGGUGACAGUGAUAACGACAGUGGUUAAAAACACGAAAAGCUAAGAAACAAUAUAAAAGAAAAAUUUUAUUUAGGAAAGAAUAAAGAGAAAUUAUUAAAAAGGAAAAUACGUAAGAAGUAAGUAACAAGGAUGGCAGAUAUAAGUCAACAGCAACCGCUAUCCGAACCUCAUACGAACGGAUUAAUGGACGGUUUAACAGAAGAAGAGAAGAGUAAGAUGCGGCCUGCCGAUAUCGAUGCAGAUAUGAGGGAAAUGGAAAGGAGGAAGAGAGUUGAAAUGAUGAUGAAUUCGCGACUUUUUCGAGAAGAAUUAGAACGCAUAAUUGAGACACAGAUGAAAGACGGUGCUGGACCAUCAGGUCUGCUACAGCAAAUCUCUGACAUGAUGGGUGCACAAGGUGCUCGGUUUAAUGGAAAUGUGUUUAAAAAUUCAAAUUGUGUAUUACCCAUUAAUGAUAUACGUGGUGUAGAGAGCAUGGGUUAUGCAAAGGGAGAGAAACUGUUGCGCUGCAAAUUGGCAGCAGUAUUUAGAUUGCUUGAUCUCUAUGGUUGGACCCAAGGUGUCGGUGGACAAAUUACAGCUCGUUUAAAUCAAGACCAAGAGCACUUCUUAGUUAAUCCAUAUGGUUUGUUGUAUCACGAAGUUACAGCUUCGAGUUUGAUUAAAAUUGAUAUGCAAGGAACGAUUGUGGAACAAGGAACAACCAAUUUUGGGGUUCAUGUGGCAGGAUUUCAAUUGCAUUCAACGAUCCACGCUGCAAGACCAGAUAUUAAGUGUAUUGUUCACAUUACCACUCCGUCCGUUACUGCUAUCUCGUCACUAAAGUGCGGAUUGCUGCCAACCGGACAAGAGAGCAUAGUAAUAGGAGAAGUAAGUACACAUCAAUAUAUUGGUGGAUUUUUUGAACCUGAGGAAAAAGAGAAGAUAGCAAGAAAUCUUGGUCCAAUGAAUAAAGUUAUGCUGUUAACAAAUCGCGGUGCUCUCUGUUGCGGAGAAACUGUCGAAGAAGCUUUCUAUAACGUUUACAAUAUGGUCCUAGCUUGCGAAACUCAGUUGAAACUAAUGCCCGCUGGUUUGGAUAAUUUAAAUCUUAUUUCUGAAGAAUGUAAGAAAGCUAUAUUCGAAGCAUCGAGAAAACCACCAACACCGCAACAAACGGUUCCGAUGUCUGAAACCACGGUUCUUGCUGAAAAACUUGAAAAGCGUUGGCGUAUCGGUGGAACUGAAUUUGAAGCGCUUAUGCGGAUGCUUGAUAAUGCAGGGUUCCGAACUGGUUAUAUAUACAGAAAUCCAUUAGUGAAAGGGGAACCUCCGCGACCUCGAAAUGAUGUUGAGGUGCCACCAGCGGUCUCGUCUUUGGGGUAUUUACUCGAAGAGGAAGAACUUUAUAAACAAGGAUUCUGGAAAGGUGGUCGUAAAGGCACAGAUAGGUCACGUUGGCUAAAUUCACCCAAUGUAUAUCAAAAGGUUGAAAUACUAGAAACGGGAACUCCAGAUCCGAAGAAAAUUACAAAGUGGGUGUCAGACGGAUCACCGACCCACAGCAGUACACCGGUGAAGAUCGACAGUGCCCUUCAAUUUGUACCGAAAAAUACCAAUCCAAAGGAAUUUAAACAAAUACAACAACAGAUAAAAGAUUACCGUAGAGCAGACAAAAUAUCAGCUGGACCACAGUCCCAUAUACUAGAAGGAGUUACGUGGGAAGAAGCCAAAAAGAUGCAGGACGCCACUAUUAGCGGGACGGGAGAGCAAGUAGUGUUAGUAGGGGCAGCCAGCAAAGGUAUCAUUCAAAGAGGAUUUCAGCACAAUGCAAUGGUCUAUAAGACGCCAUAUGCGAAGAAUCCUUUCGAUGCUGUUACCGACCAAGAACUUGAUCAGUACAAGAGAGAAGUAGAACGUAAACAAAAAGGAGAUCUCUAUGAUGAAUCGCAAUCAGAAUCAGAAGCAUUGUCAUCGUUUAACAUUAGUCGCGCAACACACGAAUCGAGCACUGCCAAAAGUCCCAUUCAGUCACCGGUAUCAGUAACUUCGGAAACAGAGGAAGAAAGCAGAGAUGAACCUCGAGUGCUGCGGAUAGAAACAAAACAAGUGCCUGCACCAAGUCAACCUGAAGUUGUAUUGAGCGAUGGAGAAAAUACCGUAAAUGGCGAUCACUCCGAUGCGCAUCACAGUACAUUUUCUCAAAGUAGUAAAGAGGGUUCCGUGUCGCAGGAUGUGAGCGUUAGCGAGGAGUCACCGAAAAAGGAAAAGAAGAAGAAGAAAGGCCUUAGGACACCCUCCUUCCUAAAAAAGAAGAAAGAAAAGAAGAAGCCAGUCGAGGCGUAGGUAGUUCUAACUUCGACACUGCCACGAGCAAAAGCUUAUCGCAAAUAAAAGAACAAUUACCGAAUGAAGAUUAAACCGCAAAACAGAAGAGUCAACAUCGCUAGGCGAGUCAACAGUGCAUACACCGGAAACGAAUGAAUAUAGAAAAUAGGAAAUAGAAUAUAGAAAAUCGAAAAUUGAAAUAACCGUGCAAAAAUCACAGCAUCUUUCCAGGACUCAAGACUGCCAUCGCAUUACGUCUACGAUAAGAAACUAUAUUGUACUGUUAAUGUUUUUACGUUUUUAAUUUGUUAAAGCGUCGCGCUGAACUAUUUAAUCCGCUAUUUAAUUUUGCCUCCCCAGCCCCGUUUGUGUAAUGCAAUAAAACGAAACAGAACAAAA